GUGUUUUAUGUAAGUGUUCCACAUCUCUCCUUGGUAUAUGUCUGUAUUACAUAAUCAGUGACACUGUUUAUCGAAUCGUCUGCUAUUGUAUGUACUCGCAAAUUUUAAAAUUUUAAAGCUACCUGUGUUUGAAACAAGUUUUAUCAACUAUUGCUGCAGCAUGACAUACUAACACUAUAGAAAGGCAAUAAAUCAGAUCCGCCUACAAAAAUGAAGUGGUGGUGGAAGUGCGCUUUGGUUGGACUUGUGUUUCUGAAUCGACAAGGUUCGUGUUUGUCUUCUGAACUCGCUGCUCUGCAGAAGGAAUACGGGGAAUGGAGACUUCAGCGCUCUCCGGAAUACGCCACCACUAUUGGUGUCUACAAGCACAACGACCAAGUGGAGAACUAUGCUUAUUCUGGAUUUGUGGAGGAAUAUAACAAAUGUUUCGGUUUACUCACUCGAUUGAAAGAGCAAGUUAAUUACAACCAGCUUGAUGCCAAAGAGAAGAUAGAUUAUGACAUCUUCAACAAUACACUGACAAUGAUUGUUGAAGGCAAUAAUUGGAAAGAUUACAGUGCCCUGAACCCCGUCAACUUUCUGGAGGGUCCACAAAUCGACCCCACAUACUUUCCCAAAAUUACACCUUUUGAUACAGUUGGUGACUAUGAAAACUACGUCAGAAGAUUAGAAUUACAUCCCGCUCAGAUAGACGAUAUGAUAGGGCGAUUCAAUAAAUCAAUAGAGAAAGGCCACACUUAUCAUAGAGUGUCAGUGAACAAAGUUCCUGGACAACUUCAAAAGUUAUUGACUAGCUACAAUACAACAACCUUUCCAUAUUACAAGCCAUUGUUAGACCAGUUGUCAAAAUUACAGACUAUUAACGAUUCCAUACAAACAGAGUUUCGAGAAAGGGCAAAAUCAGCUGUUGAGAAGAUCAUUAGGAAAUUAUCAGACUUAAAGUGGUAUAUUAUAAACGUUUACUUCAACCAUCUAAGAACUGAAUUCGGAGUAAGUAGCUGGGAUAAUGGAGCAGCAUUUUACAAAGCCUGUCUGCAGUGGCAUCUUUCAUUAGAUAUGACACCUGAAGAAGUCCACAACAAAGGUCUUCAAGAAGUAGAAAGAAUCUCAUCGGAAAUGAAAAAAGUUAUGGCAAAACUCAACCAUCAUGGAUCCGUGAAAGAUUUUUUUGAUAACAUCAAAAGAAAUCCUUCUUUUUAUUUGCAAACUGGUGAUGAAAUAGUUCAGUGGUACAAAAGCGCUAUUAAGAAUGAUAUUGAACCAAAGUUAUCAGCAUAUUUUAAAGACCUACCAAAUUUGCCUAUUGAUGUUAAGCCAAACCCUAUAGAUGGCCUUUUCGGUCAAUACAUACCAGGUCCGCCAGAUGGCUCUCGACCGGGAGUUUUUCAAGUGAACAUCCAUCGUCCAAACCAAUCCGUAAAAAUUGACUUUAUGGCUCUACUUCUUCAUGAAACACUUCCUGGUCAUCAUUUACAGAUUAGUGUUGCGUCGACUAUCAAAAAUCCCAAUUUUAGAAAAUACAUAACUGGAUAUUUAUUCAAUGUUCCUAUGGAAGCCGCGUUCUAUACUUCGUAUGUGGAGGGCUGGGGACUAUAUGCAGAGUUUUUAGGAGAAGAAAUGAAACUGUACAAAACGGAUUAUGAUUUAAUGGGAAGAUAUGGAUUUGAAAUAUUUCGAGCCAGUCGUUUAGUGGUUGAUACUGGCUUGCAUUACUAUAACUGGACAAGAGAAAAGGCUAUAGAAUAUAUGCUGAACUAUACUGCAUUUAGUGAGGAAAUGAUUGCCAUCGAAAUUGACCGGUAUAUAACUUGGCCGGGUCAAGCGUGUGCAUACAAGAUCGGUGAAUUGAAAAUAAAAGAAUUACGUAAAAAGGCGGAGGAUAAAUUAGGUUCAAAAUUUGAUAUCAGAGAAUUCCAUGCUACUGUUCUAAAAGCCGGAUACCUUCCUCUACAUAUCCUUGAAAAGAAUGUGAACCAAUGGAUUUUGGAAACAAAGAAUAAGGCAGCAGAAUCAGCUACGAAGUGCGCUUCUAAUGGUGCAAAUACAUAUACCAGUUGGAUAGGUCUUACUGUCAUUGCGUUGAUUUUGUUUAUGCAAUAAACCUAAUACCGGACCAUUUCAAGUAUAGAAGAAAUGACAUGUUUACUUCCAAUCCACAGGUUUAAUCGCUUCUUUUCACAUUUUUAUCCUGUUUCUUUUUGUAUUGGUCCAUUGCCAAAAAAAUAUUGCUUUUUUGUUAAUUCUUAUCUCAUCUCUACGAUUAAUUAAUCUUCGUUUGUAUAAUGUUAGUUACUAUUUACCUCACUCAAAAUGGUAUAAAUCCUACAUCAUUUUAUCAAAACAUAUUUUGUGCAUACAUCUUUAUUGCCUUACCUUAUUUACGCUUUUUGUAUGUUUCAGAACAUAAAUAUCUUGUUAUACUAAUAUGUUAUAUCAAUCAAAGUCUUUUUAUGGUAAAUAGUGUUUAAUAAUUUACUUUAACAAACUAUCUGAAACGUUUUCUAGUGUAAAUUCCUUUUGUGAAAUGAUUGUAUAAGGAAAUUCCAUAUAUGAAAACCAGAUAAGCUAGGUUUAGAAAUGUUAUAGGUAUUUUAUUUAGGAAAAUACAUUUUACAUUUUAAAGAUGCAAACAUUUCUUGUAUUAGUGUUUGUAUGUUUUAGUUUUGUUUAUUUUAAAAAUCACUUUGUAAUGCCAUAAUGAACGG